GGAAAAGAGAAAUAUUACAAAAUACCUAAAAAAAAUUUCAGCCCUUCGUAUCUCUCUGACCCUCUCCGAGGGAAAACAAGAGAGAGAAAAACACGUAGUAGAAUCUGGUCCUUGUGUGGACGAAGGAUUCAGGGACGAACACGAUGCUCAUUGCAAUUCCCUCUUAAUACUCUCUCUAUCUUUUGGCUUCAAAUCUCUUCUCCAGCGUUGAAAUUUCAUCCCAGAGAAGAGUUGGAGCUGUUGUUUCUUCAAUGGCCAUGUCUGAACCUUCACCCAGUUUGUCCCUGGAUUCUCUCGGCGACAUCGAUGACUACAUUUGGGCCAAUGAAGGAGAGGGUUCAUUGCCAUGGGACAUGUUCAGGGAUGUUUUUGAAUUUGUACAAAAUGGGAAUCAAGCAUUUAAAAACAAUCACUUUGAAGAGGCAAUCAAGUAUUACUCAAGAGCUAAUAACAUCAAGCCAGGUGAUCCAGUUAUUCUCAACAAUAGAAGUGCUGCUUAUAUCAGGAUUAGUCAGUUCCUGAAAGACAGACCACCAGCCGCUUCUGAAUAUCGACCAUUAAAUGGGUUGGAUCCUACAGUACAUGCUGAGCUUGCACUAAAAGAUGCUGAGAAGCUGAUGGACCUACGCGGUAAAUCAGUGAAACCAUAUAUUCUGAAGGCUAAUGCUCUCAUACUCCUAGAAAAAUAUGCCAUGGCAAAGGAUAUUAUUCUUUCUGGCCUUCAAAUUGACCCUCUAAGCAAUCCUCUUCAGGCUUCUCUUCAGAGAUUGGAGAGAAUAGCUGCUACUGUGAUGGGAAAAGGACUCCAUGGGCUACCCGAUCGUAGUGAUGACUUUGAUUGCACCCUUUGUCUUAAGCUUCUUUAUGAACCCAUCACCACUCCUUGUGGGCAUUCUUUCUGCCGUUCCUGCUUAUUUCAGUCUAUGGAUCGUGGUAAUAAAUGUCCCUUGUGCAGAACAGUUCUUUUUAUCAGUUCAAGAACAUGUUCGAUCAGUGUUACACUGAGCAACAUUAUACAGAAGAACUUUCCAGAGGAAUAUGCUGAAAGAAAGUCAGAACAUGAGGGUUUAACAAAUUUUGGUGUCGAUUUAAUGCCUCUUUUUGUCAUGGAUGUUGUUAUCCCAUGUCAGAAAUUUCCGCUUCACAUAUUUGAACCCCGCUACAGACUUAUGGUCAGGAGGGUAAUGGAAGGCAAUCAUCGUAUGGGAAUGGUUAUAGUGGAUUCUACAACUGGUUCUAUUGCUGAUUUUGCAUGUGAAGUGGAAAUUACGGAGUGUGAGCCACUUGCGGAUGGACGUUUUUAUCUAGAGAUUGAAAGUCGUAGAAGAUUUCGCAUUCUUCGAUCUUGGGAUCAAGAUGGAUAUCGAGUGGCAGAGAUCGAAUGGGUCAAUGAUAUAACUCCCCCGGAAGGGACAAUAGAGCGGACAGAACUGCAGGAAAUGACAAUUAACGCAGCAGAGUAUGCUCAGUCAUGGAUAAGGAGGGCAAAAGAAGCAUCUAGACGAGAUCCAAUAAAACGGGAUCGACUUCUUAACGUGGAAGCAAUGAUGCCCUCAUCACGAGAUCCUGAACGGUUUAGCUUCUGGCUUGCUACCCUUUCAAAUCGGAGGCCCCUGGAAAGAUUGGAACUUCUACGAAUGACAGAUACAAGAGAGAACAUUAAACUUCUUCUGGCGGUGGCCAUGGGAGGAGAACUUUCCGGGGCUCCAACCCCUCGAAUCCCCUUCUCCUCCCUUCUCCUUUUCUUCCUUCUCUCUGCCACUCUCUCUGCCGCCAAAAACCCCUUAUUCCCUGCCUUCACCCCUCGCGACGUUUAUCUCAUCGACUGCGGUUCCCCUUCCCAAACCCGUCUCGACGACGCCCGCAUUUACAAAUCCGAUCGCGAAUCCACUUCUCUUCUUUCCACCGAAGAAGACAUUCAAGCCUCUGUCGAUUCCAUUCCCUCAAACGCCCUCGUUUCCCCUCUCUCUUCUUGGUCAUUACCUCUUUUUCUCACCGCUAGAAUUUUCCCUACCGAUUCCACCUACACUUUCUUCAUUUCUCAACCUGGACGCCAUUGGAUCCGCCUCUACUUUUAUCCUCUCCCUAAUCCUAAUUUCAAUCUCACCGAUUCCGUUUUCACCGUCACCACAGACUCCGUCGUUCUCCUCCAUGAUUUCUCAAUCAAACCUAAUCCCAAAAUCGUUUUCAAAGAAUACCUAAUCAACAUCACCACCGCUCGAUUUUCCCUCCAAUUCAAACCUAAGAAGAAUUCCUUCGCCUUCAUCAAUGCUAUCGAAAUCGUCUCCGCUCCAGAUGCUCUGUUUUCCGAUUCCGCUAACUCUGUUUCUCCGGUGGGAUUUUUCAACGGAUUGUCCAACAUUGCUUUGCAAAUUUGCUACCGUGUUAAUGUGGGUGGCCCUGAAAUUGUUCCUAAAAAGGACACGUUGUCAAGAACAUGGGAAACCGAUGAUGGUUACAACAAAUUUCCACAGGGUUCGAAGAAUGUUUCUGUGGAUUUGGACUCGAUUAAAUACCCUGGAAUUGAAUUGACUCCAUUGAUUGCUCCUAAUUGGGUUUAUGCAACUGCUGAGGACAUGCAAGAUCCUAAAACGAUGCAAGUGAAUUUCAAUAUGAGUUGGAGUUUCAAUGUGGAACAGAGUUACUCGUAUUUGAUUAGACUCCAUUUUUGUGAUAUUGUGAGCAAAGUUCUGAAUAACUUGUACUUCAAUGUGUACAUUAAUGGGAUGAUGGGUAUUGCUGAUCUUGAUCUCUCUCAACUCACCGGUGAUCUUUCUACUCCCUACUACAGAGACCUCGUUCUUAAUGCCUCCGACAUUAAGAACAACACCAUCAUGAUUCAGGUUGGUCCAUCAAAUGUGGAGUCAGGGCUACAAGAUGCAAUCCUAAAUGGAGUGGAAAUCAUGAAGAUGAGUAACGCUGCACAAAGCUUGGACGGCUUAUUUUCAGUGGAUGGAACCUACAUGGGAGGCUCAACACUUAGCACAAUGAAGAUAAUUGCAGUUGUGGGACUUGUAAUCGGAGCCAUUGCCAUUGUUUUCCUUGGUGUUAUGUUCUUGAGAUGGCAAAACAGACCAAAUGGAUGGGAAAAGAAACACAGUUUCUCUUCAUGGCUUCUUCCUUUGAAUAAUAAUAAUUCAACUAACACUGCCAGUUUCUUCUCUUCUAAAAGCAGUUCUAGAAGAUCAUCAACCGUUUUUAGCUCUCGCCGAAGCAGAACUGGCUUCUCCGGUAUCUACUCCAAUGUUGGUCUCGGCCGUUUCUUCUCCCUCAACGAGCUACAGGUUGCUACACAAAAUUUCGACGAGAAAGCAGUGAUCGGCGUCGGUGGAUUCGGCAAAGUCUACGUCGGAGCAUUAGAAGAUGGAACAAAAGUCGCGAUUAAACGUGGAAACCCUAGUUCCGAUCAAGGCAUUAACGAGUUCAGAACCGAGAUCGAAAUGCUCUCUAAACUCCGCCAUCGCCAUCUGGUUUCUCUAAUCGGUUUCUGCGACGAACAAUCCGAGAUGAUUCUGGUUUACGAAUACAUGGCCAAUGGCCCAUUUCGCGACCAUUUGUAUGGCUCUAAUCUCCCUCCUCUGUCCUGGAAACAGAGGCUCGAAAUCUGCAUCGGCGCUGCUCGUGGCCUUCAUUAUCUCCACACUGGUGCGGCUCAGGGCAUAAUCCACCGUGAUGUUAAGACCACUAACAUUCUGCUUGAUGAAAAUUUUGUUGCUAAAGUUGCCGAUUUUGGGCUUUCCAAAGCUGCACCAUCCUUGGAACAGACCCAUGUUAGCACUGCAGUUAAAGGAAGUUUUGGUUAUCUCGAUCCUGAGUACUUUAGACGACAGCAACUAACUGAGAAAUCUGAUGUUUACUCAUUUGGGGUUGUUCUUUUUGAGGUUCUAUGUGCAAGACAAGUCAUCAAUCCCACGUUGCCUCGUGAGCAGGUAAACUUGGCCGAGUGGGCAAUGCAGAAUUACAGAAAAGGAAAACUAGACAAGAUAAUUGAUCCUCAAAUUAGCAGCUCAAUCGUAGAAGGGUCACUGAAGAAAUUUGUGGAAGCAGCCGAGAAAUGCUUGGGUGAAUAUGGGGUUGAUAGGCCAAGCAUGGGAGAUGUUCUAUGGAACUUGGAAUACGCUUUGCAACUACAAGAGGCAGUAUCAGAGCUCGAGGACCCUGAUGAAGACAAAUGUGAAGGCCUUGUGGCUUUGGACAAACCAAAUGACAAUAAACCAAAAGAAGAAACAACAAGUGCUUCUGUAAGUGAUGAUACUUCUGAAGUUUCAGUUAGUGCUCCUUUGUUUUCUGAAGUUCAAAAUUUUCAAGGAAGAUGAUGAAUUGAAUUUUUACCUGGGAUUUGUUAAGUUUUUAACAAACACUCUCUUGGCCGAUACAUUCUUUGAAAAGUUCGUCAAAAUUAGAGCCAUGACCCCUAAAAAGUCAGUUGACUGCCAAAUCAAGAAUUUGAAGUUUAUACAGAUUGUUGUGUAGAUUUUUAUCAUUGUUCUUUUUUUCUUCAAUCAAGUUUGAAUUCUGGUCCUCUGUGUAUAUGAAUCUUCGGUUGUUUCAGUUUCACAAAGAUUCUUAGAAAGUAAUAUCAGUAUCAUUUUUCA